GCAUUUAGUCUGGGUAAGAGGAAUCAGCCAAUCAGAAUGUGCCCAUCCUCCCAGAGACCCCGCCCCUUCCUCGUGGUAACUUUUGGUGGCGGGAAAACUUCGGAAGUUUCGCGCCGGGGCGGGGUCAUCCUAGAACCUACGCGGGGCUCGGGUAAAACUGACAAGCAUGGCGGGGACCGUGGUACUGGACGAUGUGGAGCUGCGGGAGGCGCAGAGAGAUUACCUGGACUUCUUGGAUGACGAGGAAGACCAGGGAAUUUAUCAGAGCAAAGUUCGGGAGCUGAUCAGUGACAACCAAUACCGGCUGAUUGUUAACGUGAAUGAUCUGCGCAGAAAAAAUGAGAAGAGGGCUAAUCGCCUCCUGAACAAUGCCUUUGAGGAGCUGGUUGCCUUCCAGCGGGCCUUAAAGGAUUUUGUAGCCUCCAUUGAUGCUACCUACGCCAAGCAGUAUGAGGAGUUCUACAUAGGAUUGGAGGGCAGCUUUGGCUCCAAGCAUGUCUCCCCCCGGACUCUCACCUCCGUCUUCCUCAGCUGUGUCGUCUGUGUGGAGGGCAUUGUCACCAAGUGCUCUCUAGUUCGUCCCAAAGUUGUCCGCAGUGUCCACUACUGUCCUGCUACAAAGAAGACCAUAGAGCGACAUUACUCUGAUCUCACCACCCUGGUGGCCUUUCCUUCCAGCUCUGUCUACCCCACCAAGGAUGAGGAGAACAAUCCCCUUGAGACAGAAUAUGGCCUUUCUGUCUACAAGGACCACCAAACCAUCACUAUCCAGGAAAUGCCAGAGAAGGCCCCCGCUGGCCAGCUUCCUCGCUCUGUGGAUGUCAUUCUGGAUAAUGACCUGGUGGAUAAAGUGAAGCCUGGUGACAGAAUCCAGGUGGUGGGGACCUACCGUUGCCUUCCCGGAAAGAAGGGAGGCUACACCUCUGGGACCUUCAGGACCGUUCUGAUUGCCUGCAAUGUGAAGCAAAUGAGCAAGGACAUUCAGCCUUCAUUCUCUGCUGAGGAUAUAGCCAAGAUCAAGAAGUUCAGCAAAACCCGCUCCAAGGAUAUCUUUGACCAGCUGGCCAAGUCGUUGGCCCCCAGUAUCCAUGGGCAUGACUAUGUCAAGAAGGCAAUCCUCUGCCUGCUCUUGGGAGGGGUGGAGCGUGACCUGGAAAAUGGCAGCCACAUCCGUGGAGACAUCAAUAUUCUGCUUAUAGGAGACCCAUCGGUUGCCAAGUCUCAGCUGCUGCGGUAUGUGCUCUGCACUGCGCCCCGGGCGAUCCCUACCACUGGCCGGGGCUCCUCUGGCGUGGGUCUGACGGCUGCUGUCACCACAGACCAGGAAACAGGGGAACGCCGUCUGGAAGCGGGGGCCAUGGUCCUGGCUGACCGUGGUGUGGUUUGCAUUGAUGAAUUUGACAAGAUGUCUGAUAUGGACCGCACGGCCAUCCACGAAGUGAUGGAGCAGGGUCGAGUCACUAUCGCCAAGGCUGGCAUCCACGCUCGACUGAAUGCCCGCUGCAGUGUUUUGGCAGCAGCCAACCCCGUCUAUGGCAGGUAUGAUCAGUACAAGACCCCUAUGGAGAACAUUGGGCUGCAGGACUCACUGCUAUCCCGAUUUGACUUACUCUUCAUCAUGCUGGACCAGAUGGACCCUGAGCAGGAUCGGGAGAUCUCUGACCAUGUCCUUAGGAUGCACCGUUACAGGACACCAGGGGAGCAGGAUGGAGAUGCUAUGCCUUUGGGUAGUGCCGUGGAAAUGUUGGCCACAGAUGAUCCCAACUUUAGCCAAGACGACCAGCAGGACACCCAGAUUUAUGAGAAGCAUGACAACCUUCUGCACGGGCAUAGGAAGAAAAAGGAGAAGAUGGUGAGUGCGGCUUUCAUGAAGAAGUACAUCCACGUGGCCAAAAUCAUCAAGCCCAUCCUAACGCAGGAGUCGGCCACCUACAUCGCAGAGGAGUACUCACGCCUGCGCAGCCAGGACAGCAUGAGCUCCGACACCGCCAGGACCUCCCCAGUUACAGCCCGGACCCUGGAAACCCUGAUUCGGUUGGCCACGGCCCAUGCCAAGGCCCGCAUGAGCAAGACUGUGGACCUGCAGGAUGCAGAGGAAGCUGUGGAGUUGGUCCAGUACGCUUACUUCAAAAAGGUGAGGAUUCAGGUGCUUGGACCCCUCCCAUCACCCAUCCAUACUUGGCUUGGUCCUAGGUUCUGGAGAGGAGAGAAGAAACGUAAAAAGCAAAAUGAGGAUGAAUCAGAGGCAGAAGAUGAAGGAGGAGAGAAGCCAGGAGGACAAGAACAGAAGAGGAAGAGGAGGAAGACUCGUCAUCGCUCAGAUGCUGGGGAUGGGGACUCAUAUGACCCCUAUGACUUCAGUGACACAGAGAAGGAAAUGCCUCAAGUGCAAACUCCAAAGUCAGUGGACUCACAGGAGACCAAGGAAUCCCCGGAGGUGGAGUUGAGUGAAUCCAGGUUGAAGGCAUUCAAGGUGGCCCUCUUGGGGGUGUUCCGGGAAGCUCACGCCCAGUCAGUGGGCAUGAAUCGCCUCACAGAAUCCAUCAACCAGGACAAAGACGAGCCCUUCUCUCCAGAGGAGAUCCAGGCAGCACUGACCAAAAUGCAGGACGACAACCAGGUCAUGGUGUCUGAAGGCAUCAUUUUCCUCAUCUGAGGAGGCCUGUGUCUGAACUUUGGGGCUCUGCUAAGAAAGCUCUCGUCCCACCCCUCCCUCACCCCUAUCUUGGUCUUUGCCUUUAUUCUCUGAAUAGCAGUGUUUAAUUAAACCGACGUUGAGGGUCACGUGCUGAAGCUGAAACCGGACUUGGUGGAAGCUUUGGAAUGAAAGCUGCUGUGUGGUAAAGCAAGAGUGAAGUGGGAAAGGACCAAGACGAUGGGCUCUCGUUGUCCAAGACAGGAUCAUAUUCCCCACUUCCAUCCCAAAGCAAAGCCACCUGUUGUUUGCUGUAAAUAGCAUAUGACUUCUGAGUGCUUUGGGGCACAGCUGGGUUUUGUUUAUCCUCUCUGUUGGUUGGCUUUUAUUUCCUCUGAGCACUUUGGUCUAGAGUGGGCUUUGUUUUACACUGGUGGGGAGAUGCUCUGAAGCAAGGCAUGAAGGCCAAGGAAGCUUUGUUUGAAGGAGCACCAGUUUAAAUAACCUCUGACCUAAAUAUCCAAGACUUUGAAUAAACUUAGCCAUUUUUGUACUGUGUACAUGGCUUUAACACUG